AAAACGCUACUUGGCAGUGACGAAAAGUUUGAGGUUCGAACACUUCCGUGACCGUUGGACGCCAAUUAGUGGGAAACAGCCUUUGUGAGCAAAACCAUUUUGAUGCAGCUUGCAUAAUUUCACAUCACAUUGAUCGGCAUCUAUUGAACAAAUGGAGUGGCGCCAGCAAAGCACUUUCAGCUGUGCGGAUGCCUUCAAUGAAGCUCAACGUUGGAUAGAGGAGGUGACUGGAAAACCUUUUGGCUGCAGCGAUUUCCGAGCUGCUCUUGAGAAUGGAGUUCUGCUUUGCGACCUGAUCAACCAGUUAAAACCUGGCAUCAUUAAGAAACUGAAUCGACUUUCUACUCCCAUUGCUGGCCUGGAUAACGUCAACGUGUUUCUUAAAGCUUGUGAGAAAUUGGGACUGAACGAGUCUCAGCUUUUCCACCCAGGAGACCUGCAGGACCUGUCAACUCGAGCUACACUCAGGAGAAAUGAAAGCAAUCGAAGACUCAAAAAUGUUCUGAUCACGGUGUACUGGUUAGGUCGCAAGUCCCACUUAGAUGACUUCUACAGUGGUCCUCAGCUCAACUUCAAGGCCUUUGAAGGACUGUUGGGAUUGGCUCUGUCCAAGGCUCUAGAUGAAGGCACUAAUGUUUUUGUGAAAGAUGGCAGCUGUUGUCAUCCAGGGAGGUGGCCGAGCUAUAAGAGGGAGAAUUCAGUGGACAGCAUCGACUCUGCGGAAUCCCGAGCCAUCCAUACAAACAGUGAAGGUUGUGGAAGUGAUGCAGAGGCUGAGCAGGUAUUCAGGAUUGAGACCACACAGCAGUUGGCCAAAGGCCAUAUCCCACCUCCACUCCUACGGAGGAAACGAAGAGAGGAAAGUGGAAAAGACUGUUCUACUUCAUUUAUCAGGAGCAAAUCAUUGACUGAUAUCCCAAUGGUGCAUCCUGCACGUAAAGUUUCUGAAGGCAGUAACGUUGUGGAUGAGCACCAGCACACAGACACAGACAAGAAAUUGAAGAGCCAUGUUGAUGCCAGAGACAGUGAGGCUCACUGGCAAGAUGACUUGACAAAGUGGAAGAACCGUCGCAGGAGCACAAAGUCUGAUCUCCGCAGGAAGUCGCUUGACCGAGAACACGUCAUUAACAAGAUGACCAAUGGGGCUGUGAAUGACCAUGAAGAGAAGGGAAAACACGUGCAGCUGAAAAGAGACCAGCUGUCACCACAGAGGCACAGCCUUGCCCGACGCACUCACUCCACUUCUCCUCCAUCAAAGUGCUCAAGCUCUUUUUUCCGGCCACAUGCUCGAGCUCCACUGGCUCGAAGUUAUGCCACUGAGGUGCCUCUUGGCACUGUGUCUUCUCAUAGCCAACAGAAUUUUUCCCCGACACAGGCAUCCUUGGUUGGCACCAUGCCCGACUCUAAUGGAAACAUCUUGGGGGAAGAGACCCAUUUUUCAUCUUUGGCAUUAAAUCGAACAACAGUAACCACUCCCACUCAAAACCACCCUUUUAGCUCGCAAACCCAGUUAAAAUCCCAAGGAAUUCCAGAUCCCUUCCAUCCUACAACACACAUGACUCAGCCAGAGAACGUUACAGCCCAAAUGUCUUCUUUGGUCACAACAAUGCUUCCAAAUGAGAGAGAAUCAGCUCGCUCCAUGAAUUUAUCUGACACUUUAGGAGAUCUCUCUGACCAGAGACAUAAGUUUGAAAAAGAGAGCUAUGGUUUCCCUUGGGAAAGCACAGAGGAGGAAAGUAAAUGCCAGCCAGCUUCAGGCACCAGGAAGUGUUUGGCAAGAGCUGCUUCUUGGUCGUGCUCAGCCAGUCUUCCACGUGGUUUCAGGCGAUCUGAAAGAUCAUGUCGUCUCUCGUCCGUCAUCACCGCCAGGCCCUUUGGGACCAGGAUGUCCACGUUGCCAGGACUAUCUGACGUGAACAGUCCAACAGAGAAUCAGGGUCCAAUAUCGACUAGUGAAAGAGAGGGACGUGUUCCCCUGCCCACCAGUUCUUUGCUCAAAAGACAAACCGCCACCACCUAUCUAGGAACUUGGCAUCAGGAUCCAAUGCAGACCACCAACCAAAUAGAGAAGGCUUCUUUAGCAAAGGAAGCAUGGAAUAGUCUCCCUGACCAGACCUUCCAGACCAAUGGCUUCCCGCAUCAGUCCCAAACAUAUUUGAAUAUGCAGCCUCAACACAGCCAACUCACAUCUCUUCAACGUAAUGUCAGCAUGGACGUUCCAAAGGUGGACUGUAGCUACAUGAGCGUGAGUCUUGCUUUUAAACCGAACAGUCGACAAGACUUUGGUUUCCAGCCUCACUGGGAUGCUACUGGAGCAAGAAUAAAAUAUAUUCAGCCAGGCGGCCCAGCAGAGCUCUGCCAGCUGUGUGUAGACGAUGAGAUCGUGACUGUUGAUGGAGUUGCAGCAGCACACAUGAGCUCCAGUCUGUGGGAGGAAAAAAUGGCAUCUGCCUUGCAAUCUGGCACUCUUACCAUGGAUAUUUGUCGCUAUGUAAACAAGGGAGGUUCAGAAUCUGCAAUAUCUGAUCUCCAGGUGCCAUCUAUCAGCCACUCCUCAUCCAGCUGGUCAUGGGACCGUGAAGACGACCGCAGGCGUCAAGAGAAGUGGCAGGAAGAGCAGGAGCGCCUCCUACAGGAGCAAUAUGAGCGAGAUCAGCAGAGGCUGGAUACAGAAUGGCAGAAGACGCAGCAUGCUGCAGUGGAGGGGGAGGUGUGUAGCAGGAAUAACAUGGAGAUGAUCAGUGAUGGUGAGGCCCCUGUAAGAGGGAUUCAUGUGAAUGGUUUGACAAACACAGAAGAGCAGAGGCCUCAAGAGCUAAGCGCUCAUAAUAGCUCAAAGAAGGAUCAUAAUGAAAAGAUCAAUGAAGACUGGGCUGAAGGCUCCUCUGACUUUGCUCAGCUUUCUCCCGCACACAGGACAAAGUCCUUGUCUACUCCAGCAUUAAGUGGUCCACAAAAACAGCAAAAAGGUGAUCCAAAGAAAAGGAAAGGGGAGCCAGUUUCAAAGGCUGAGCAAGAGAGGCAGCAGAUCUUGGAGGAGAUGAAGAAGAGGACUCAGCUUCUGACGGACAACAGCUGGAUACGUCAGCGCAGCAGCAGUUUUUACAAGGAACCCAUCUACAUCGGGAUGCCUCUGAAGAGGUACGAGUCUCUUGACAUCCUUGAAACAUCGCACUCGACCUCCAUGGCUGGUUAUCCCCGACCACACUCGGCUGCUGCCAGUUAUUGUGGUCCAAUUAGGAACUCCUCCUCCCGCUACAAUACUGGAUCCAUGACAUCCCAGAGAAAUACACCCACAGACUUGCGUCCUGGCAGUGUGUGGGCUGCCAACAGUAUCUUGGAAAAACAGAGACUGCUGUCCAGGUUCGUGUCCGACACAAGAAGCCAUACUGUGAGCCCUGCUAUUUCCAGCUUAAGUACUAGAUGAAAUGACAAACUUCUGGUGUGAUUGUCAAGCAAAAACAACUAAAUAUAUCUCUGACAACAUUUUAGCCACCAGUUCCCCAUCCGUGUGACCAAGAGAAGGUACUCAUGCUUGCGGAGUAAGGUAAUAAAUGAGACCCUCAGCACUGCUGGAAUACACUCGUCAUUCUGAAUUGUGGUCAUUAAUUGUGAACUAGGAAAGCAGACCAUGGCUUUCAUUUUAUCAACUUGGAUUUAGUAUAUGGAAUAAAGAAAUAUGUUGUUCAAUGUCAAGUUAUUUUAUUUAAUGUCACUUGAUUGUUUAAAUGUUUUGUGGAAGAUUGCAUUGUGGCUAUAGCUAGAUAUUGUCUAUUAAUAUAUCGCUGUUUGGGAGCACAUGUACUAGAGCACUUUUGCCCUCCUAAUAUAAUCUCACUAUGUGCACAUUGGUAUAAAUCAGUGCUUUGACGCAUUCAUAAUAAAAUGGGCAUAUUUAACGCAAUGUCUUCUGUGCAGUGUUUUAAAGAUUUCUGCGAUUCAUGUUUUGGCCACACGGGGGCAGCCUUUCUCUCCUAAAGUAAAUGAUGGCGCCACUUCGUGUUCCAAACUUAAUGUCAAUAUCACUAUAUGGUCUGUGGCAUGGAUUUACACCGAACACAGUGGUUUAUGUAAUAUCUAAAUAG